CCAACAAGGCUGCUCAUGGUUCCUUGUUUCUACUUCAUGUCCAAUUCAAAACAUUACCGUCCAGUGAUAAUCUGCUCCUCGCAAUGGCCGGGCGAAUCCAUCCACCUUCCUAAUCCGACCUUGUCACUCCGUUGCCGAUCAAAUCACCUGCAAUCAUAUCGCAACCAAACGCAUGACGCAGAAAGCUUUUUUGAUGCUGCAAUCUUAUGUGGCGAGCAAGUAUGCCGAAUGAACCUGUUCAUCUACCCUCCAAGAAAAACCAAGACAUUCCAAGACAUCCAAGAGAUUCCCCACUCUAUAUGCGCUGAAGAAGCUUUGGAGAUCGAGCUUGGUCCUGCGCCUUCAUGA